CAUCACUCAGAUCACGCAUCCACUCACGCACUACUGUACAUACCAAGUCGUUAUUAUUCCAUUCCCGCUCAGAGAGCUGCCGGCAGCCCCGAGUCUGCCCCGUCUCAACGCUGGCGCAGCAGCAGCGCAAUCACCUAAACCGCCCUCACGACCUCGUCCCACCGCCCCAGAACGCAGAUCAGUCUGCUGUUCCUGCCUAUGAGCUCACCAUCCUCAACACGCCACCAGACGAAGGCAGCAACCACAGCGGGACCUCGCAUGAGCUCGUGGCACGCUCUGCCGGCACCCAUCCCACGCGGCAUGCAUUCUCCCCACAGCACCAGUCUGAGCGCGAGCAUAAUAUUCUUCCCCAGCACCCGCUCUCACCUCCUCCAGCCAUCCCUCUCUGUGCUCAUGAACCUCCUGCCGAGCCCGUAGACCGCCAAAUGUCGCGCACGCCACUGCUUCUGCGCUCGUCUCCGGCCCUUGGAACUGGAUCGUACGGAGCUCUGCCCACCGAAAGGCUAAGCAGCAGCUCCGAGGACGAAAGCGACCUGACGCCGCACCAGAAGUUCCUGCGCCAUUCGGUCGAGGGAAAGAUACAGAAGGGGAAACAUGCUCUGAGAAAGGCGUAUACCGCGGACGACGGCGAUGAGUAUACCGCCGCUUCGAGGAUCGACAGGAAUGGUAGUAAUACAACAGCGAAGGCGAGGACGGCUCAGAAUGGCGAUGCCACUUCAGACACGAUGCGGUCGGAGGGGGGGCUCUCGCACCGCAAGGCAGCGCGUAAGAGGAGGAGCAGCACGGGUAGCGAGCUCGGGGAGAGAGCCAGCACCCAUGCUGAAGAUCUUGGCGACUAUAGAGACAAAGACAACGAGUUAAUCAACCAUGAAGGUAUCGAGGCACGGUUCACGGGCAGCGCGCUUCCCACCUUUGCCCCCCUGGGCAAAAGCACCUCGCGGAGCAGCACUCGCAAAUCCAUGUCGGAUGAGCGAGUGUUGGACGAGGACUUGGUCAGAAACGACGACGAAGAAGACGACAACGACGACGAUGAUGGCCAAAGGGCAAACGGGAAUAUACCCAUCCCACCGGCGGACGAUUCGCCCUACGCGCAGGUUCGAGCAUCCGUACCGCCGACGGACAACACUAUGCUUAGCAUCAACACGCCUCGCAUGUGGAUUCUCAGCAUCGCCUUCGCCAUAUUCGGGUCCAGCACCAACCUAUUCUUCUCCCUGCGCUUUCCCAGCGUGAGCAUCACGCCCGUGAUCGCGCUGCUGAUCGUCCACCCGAUUGGGCUACUCUGGGAUGCUUCCCUGAAGCGUGACGACGAUCCAGACGAGGUCUUCGUUAACGGUACGCUGCAGCACUUUGAAACGAGUGAGCCCGACGGUUGGAUGUCAGGCUUAAAGGUCGAGAGGUGGACGAGACGGGCGAGGCUAUGGCUGGCACAGGGGAGGUGGAACGAGAAGGAGCAUUGCUGCGUGUUCAUCGCGAGCAACGUGUCGUUUGGUUUUGCAUUUGCUACCGAUGUCAUCGUCGAGCAAACCAAAUUCUACAACCAAGACCUCUCUAUAACCUACCAGAUCCUCCUCACCUUGUCCACUCAGAUUCUGGGCUACUCUCUUGCGGGCCUCACUCGUCGCUUCCUCGUCCGUCCGAGCGGCAUGAUAUGGCCUGGCACUCUCGUCUCGACGGCCAUGUUCAGCAGCCUCCACAAGGAGGAGAACAAGCCCGCUGACGGCUGGCAUAUCUCCCGCUUCAGGUUCUUCGCGUACGUGUUCCUCGGCUCGGUUGUCUUUUAUUUCUUGCCUGGCCUGCUGUUCCCUGCUCUCAGCUGGUUCAAUGUCAUCACAUGGUUUGCGCCGCGCAAUGUGGUCGUGGCGAAUCUGUUCGGAGUAACCUCCGGCCUUGGAUUGUUCCCAAUGACCUUUGACUGGUCUCAGAUCGCGUACAUUGGAUCUCCUCUCGUCGUUCCCUUCUGGGCUGCUUUGAACAUCAUCGGUGGCCUCGUCAUUGUUAUGUGGAUCAUAGCUCCCAUCUUGUACUAUACAAACGUCAUGUACUCUUCGUAUAUGCCCAUCCUCUCCACAGCUGUAUUUGACAACGAAGGCAAGCCGUACAACGUCCAACGCAUCCUCACCGACAAGUUCGUAUUCGACAUAGACGCCUAUCAGAACUACAGCCGUGUCUUCCUUCCGAUUACUUAUGUUCUCAGCUACGCGCUUCAGUUCGCGUCACUCUCUGCACUGCUCACCCACACGGCUUGCUGGCAUGGCCGCGACAUUGUACAGCAAUGGAAGCGCUCCUGGCGUGAGAUUCGCAGUGAGAAGUUCGUGUACCAGCCCAUCUCGAGUGAGAGCAGCAAUGGAGAUUUGGAACCCAUCCAAACGCGUACCUCCUUCGCCUCGAUUCGUUCAGAACAUAGCGAGCCAGGGCUCGACCAUCUCAUGUCCGGUGAGGACGUGCACAAUCGGUUAAUGCGCCGCUACGAAGACGUGCCUAUGUCGUGGUACCUCCUCAGUGGCAUCAGCAUGUUGGCCAUAGGCAUGUUUCUGGUCGAGUACUUUCCGGUAUACUUGCCGUGGUAUGGACUCCUCAUGGCGAUUGGCAUCUGCGCCGUGCUCUUUAUCCCAAUAGGGAUCGUUAUGGCCAUCACCAACCAGCAGAACAGCAUCUAUCUCAUCUGCCAGCUCAUCUGUGGCGUUGUCUUCCCAGGUCGUCCCGUGGCUAACAUGGUAUUCGUCACGUACGGCUACAUCAGCAGCACUCAGGGCCUCAAGUUCUCCUCCGACCUCAAGCUUGGCCACUAUAUGAAGAUCCCCCCGCGCGUGCUGUUCAAUCUCCAGCUCACUGCCACCAUCGUGUCGAGCCUGACCCAGAUCGGCGUCCUCAACUGGAUGCUAGCCAACAUCCCGGGCAUCUGCACGCCGCAAGCGAUCAACGGAUUCACAUGCCCCAUCGCUCGCGUCCACUUUAAUGGCAGCAUCCUGUGGGGCGUUGUUGGCCCCGCCCGCUUCUUCGGACCCGGUGCGCUGUACCGGCCACUCGUAUGGGCCUUCCUCGUCGGUGCCAUCGCUCCCAUUGUCGUCUGGCUCGUCGCUCGUCGGGGCACCAAGAAGACACGAGCACUCCUCCAGAAAGUCAACUUGCCCGUUUUGUUCGGCAGCUUAAGCUGGAUUCCUCCCGCGACGGGUCUGAACUUCUCCGUGUGGGCGCUCGUCUGCUGGCUUUUCAACUACCGCCUCAGAAGACAAAAGAGUGAGUGGUGGACAAAGUACACGAUGACGCUCAGCGCGGCGCUGGACUCCGGGCUAGCGGUCGGCGUGGUCGUCGUGUUCUUCGGCAUCGUGUGGCCCGGCUGGAUGGACGGGUUCUCGUGGUGGGGGACGGAAAUCUACAAGCAGGGCUGCGAUUGGCAAGCCUGCGCUUACAAGACGCUUGCACCCAACGAAAAGUUUGGGCCCUCGAGGUGGUGAUUCUGUACAUAAUCUAGUUGCAUUAGCGUGACGAGUUGAAAUGAUGAGAUGAGUAGAACGGCCUGAUUGGAUCAAGUACAACCAUAGAUAGCUCUGCCGUAGAUAGCAUGAAUCAUUUCUAUGGACGAAGA